CAACACUACUAUAUAACAAAUAAUUUGAGGGUUUAGGGUCAUGAAUGGGGAUAUGGUCAAAAGCGAGCAACAAGUGGUUCAACAUCAGGACGACAGUUUUAUAGUGAAGGUUAGAGGGUUACCGUACUCGGCUACAGCGCACGAUGUUGCUCUCUUCUUCUCUGGGUGCGAUAUAAAGGGGGGCAAGGCGGAGGGUGUCCACUUCCUCUUCAAUCCCCAAUCUGGGAAGCCUACUGGUGAGUGCUUUGUUGAGUUUAUCUCAGCGCCGGACAUGCGCAAAGCGCUGCUGCAGCACCACCGUUACCUGGGACGAAGGUACUUGGAGGUAGAGAGGUGCAGUAGGGAGACUAUGGAACAAACCCUGAAAACGCAUGGUGAGAGUGUAAGACAGAGUCAUCCCAUCGUCCGACUCAGAGGUUUACCAUUCCGUACAACUGAUAACGAGAUUGAGAAGUUAUUCAGCGGAUUGAGUAUCAGCAAGCUUGUUAUUGUCAAGGACCCCAGAGGUCAAGCAGCUGGAGACGGAUACGUACAGUUUGACAAGGAGUGUGACAUGAAGGACGCUCUGAACAGACACAUGGAGAAGAUUGGACACAGGUAUAUCGAAGUGUUCCAGGCGUACAACGUGACAGAUUUAGAUGACAUGCCCAAGUCCCGGCCCAUGAAGCCCCUCAAACCCUGGUCCUACCACCCUGACCAGGCUGGUUAUAAUGUGUAUGAUAACGAGUGGGCAUCGCCUCCCCCUCACCGCAUCCCUCCCAGACCUUACCACUGUCUCAGAAUGCGAGGUCUCCCGUUUGAGGCAACGGAGCAGGAUAUCGCAGAUUUCUUCGACCCCAUUAUGCCAGUACACAUCCAGCUCGUCUUUACAAGACAAGGACGACCCUCUGGUGAAGCUGAGGUGACAUUUGGCAACUACAACGACUUGACGAAUGCUUUGCUCAAAGACAAAGAGUAUUUGGGACAGAGAUAUGUUGAGCUGUUUAACGAGAGUGCUGGUAAUGCGAGUAACAACAAUCCUGGUUAUCCACCCAAUCCUUAUCCCGGUCCUGGUCGCUUCCAAAAUCAGCCCCCACGAAGCAACAGGAUUCCCAACAGACGGUACUAUGAACGCUAGAUACUCUUGACAACGUUCGGCAAAGAUCCUCAACAAUUGAUAUCUUUUGCCUUUAACCUUAGAACUUUGUGUUCUAUUGUUGUCAUGGUUACUGCUUGCUUUUGUCAUGGUUACUGUCCCGCAGACUCAUCGUCUCGUACUCUUUAAUUUUUAUUAAGCUUUAUUUUUGUACCUUUUCCAAAAAGAUGAUUUGAAACUAGACGGUAUCCGUAGUUAUACACGUGACCGUUCUGUCGGAGCCUCACAUCCCAAAUUUCCUCAGAAAUUACCUACUUCAAAUUCUUUGAAUGAUUUCGGAUUCUUGAAUAGCCCUGAUCAGAAAAUUCAAAUUAGCAUUAAUAGCUAGUUGAUUUAGGAACCCUUUCAGUUAUUUAUUCCAUUACAAAAUCCGAAGCUUGAAAUUCUGCGACCAGUUUCAACGUUUGUUGAUAAAAUGUCACAACCUUUUCUCCGACGCCAGAACGGUGGUCUAUUUAUUGUUUUACAACUCAGUGACAGGUACUUAAUGAAAAUGGGAGGACAGAAAGUGUUAUUGAUCUAGAUAUAUGUGCUAUGCUGGUGCUUCUUAGGAGACUGUGAAACAGUUUGUAAUUGGAAAAGAAAUUAGAACUGUGACACGGAGUAAUUUAUUUCGUUUUUAUUGGAACAUAUUUAACCUGUCACUGCUUUGUUUAUAGUAUUUGUUGUACAGAUAUUUUGACGAGAAGCCCUAGUCCAAAGUAAGUGUUUUAACAGCUUUUUCAAACGUAUUUAUGUGUUAACCUCUGCAAGAAGAAAUCGGUUCAAUACAUCUCGAUUUAAAAAAUCUCGACCUAUUUGAAAGAAACAUAUUACCGCCGUAUCUAUUUUCCAAAUAUAUAAUGCUAAUCCGGCAUAUUGCCUCAUCACGAUGAGUUCACUAUUUAUUGAUACGUUAUAUCAGAGUCUAGAGGGCCGGACCGAUAGGCUGGCUGACAGGCGACAGAGGGACAAGGAGAUAACGCCAGGUCCGGCUCUGCUUGGCUCUGUGAGAAUGUGUGAGCCACUGUGUUUAUGUAAUAUGAAUUUCCGUUACAUUUUUACAA